AUGCGAGUUUUCAUCCCGUAGAAUCGUAAUGUCUGUCAAACACACGCGUCCGACUACACGCGCACGCAUUCAGUGACGCAACAUGUACGUGAUGACGUAACAGCGACUGCGCGCGUGUAUGAGAGGAAAGGAGAAAAAGAAGGAAAGAGAGAAAGAGAGACGUGCGCGCGAUAUCGAGUCGAGGUAACGAGUCAACAACAACGACUACGACGACGAUGACGCUACGGGCUGCGCUUGCGUGCGCCCUCGUUCUCUCCUCUUGUACACACAUGUAAACACACGAUGCGCGCGCUCGCGCGCGGGUGUUUGACGUCUUUUACGCUCCUUAUACACCCCCAGGGGUAAGGGAUACAUCUCUCGUCUCGCGAAAACUGACAUCGUCCUCGCGUGUUGCGCCCCGUCGAUGCACGAUCGUCGCACUCCACUUCGGUCUUACACUGUCAGCCGUCAGACAGCUGCACGAGAACCGUGACUGUCGUCGAAUUGUGCAUCGCUAAGCCUGUAUGUUAUCAUGUGACAACGAGGGACACCAUCGUGAUCGAACAUCUAUCCCCUCGAAGAGCGAAGGAGAUUGUUCCUUUGGAUGUUGCGAACCACUCAUCCCGCCGACGUGGUACCGCGCGCAUUGUUCAAGCAUUCGGAUCCUCGGGAGUGAGAUUUACAUUCGGCCGAGGGUAGCGGGACGACGUAAUACGCGGCGAGAUCGAUAAGGAGCUCUCUAUGAGGGAGCAGUGCCAAGCUCCCGUGUUUCGCCUGCCGUCGCCUGCCGUUCAUGGGAAAAGUGGGUCGACCUACCGCAUGCUGGUGGAAGAGUGGAGUCAAGUUAUCAUCGGGUGCAGCGCGGCGACGAGGUGAAGGCAAAGCGAGUGUAGACUAUCCGGUGAGAGGACUCCACUCCCGUAGGUGUGUCAAUCGUGUGAUUUCCGUGAUUGGGAGGUGCGUGCGCGUUGCCGUAGCGGAUUCCGACAACGCGCGCCACUAGGGGAGCGAUCGACUGGAGCAUUUUGUUAUUCGCAGUUAUCCAAUGAGAGACGAUAUCUAUAUUUAGAAGAACACAAUGAGAGGUGGAAUUGCUGAUGGUGAUGGUUCAUCCAUGGUUACGGUUCCUGCUUCGGCAUCUCUUAAUUUUAUAACGGUCGAGGACAGCAUGAGCGACGACGUAUUUGAAAUGGAAGAUGAUCGCUCUUCUACUGUCACAAAUGUCGUUUCCGGAGGCCUUACGCCCGCAACCAGGCAACGACCCCUCGAGAAGACACCCUCACCUACCGGAUACCGCGAUUAUAAGCCACCUGCCGAAGUGCUCGGUAAUAACUACAGCACGACUUUCAAGACAACGAGCGAUUUCGACAACGUGAGAAGCGCCUUGAAGAGGGACCAAGAAAAAGAAGAUAAUUUCGCGCACAAGACAAUCCUCCUCGGUGAUAGUGGAGUCGGCAAGACUUCAUUAUUGGUCCAAUUCGAUACUGGAAGAUUCCAACCGGGAAACUUCGCGGCCACCGUGGGUAUCGGUUUCACAAACAAAGUUGUCAUUGUCGACGACACGCCGAUCAAGCUGCAGAUAUGGGACACAGCCGGCCAAGAAAGAUUCCGAAGCGUAACGCACGCUUACUACCGAGACGCACAUGCGCUUCUGUUGCUGUACGAUGUGACAAAUAAGACGAGUUAUGACAACAUUAGGGCUUGGUUAAGCGAAAUCCGGGAACACGCAAAUGAAGAUGUCGUCAUUAUGCUGCUGGGUAAUAAGUCCGACUGCGGGACGGAGCGCGCUGUUAAGCGAGAAGACGGCGAGCGAUUAGCGCAGGAAUACAAAGUGCCGUUCAUGGAAACGUCUGCCAAGACUGGCCUCAAUGUCGAAUUGGCGUUUCUCGCCGUUGCUCGGGAGUUGAAGGCCAGAAAAAGCGACAACCCUGACGAGACGAAAUUCAACGUUCAGGACUACGUACGUCAGCAGUCGCAAAGAAACUCCUGCUUCAACUCCAGCUGCCUGACAACCUGAACUACUUUUUUUUUUACAUUAAAUUAUAAGAAUACGCGAAUUGGAACCGCGUUGAACGCGAGAAGGAUGUGAAAUCAGCGAAAUCAGAUGUUCAUUUGAUUUUCGCGCAAGAUCAUCGGUGUAACAUUCGUUGCGGGGCAUUAUAAAUUUUAUACUCAAUUCACAGAAUAGAUUUGUGAACCUAUCACAAUGCAGGCAAAUCGAUACAAAUUUGGAUAAAUCGAAAUCACUGAGUGAUCAAUAAUAUCGAUCAAUAUAUUCUAUAAAAGGAACUAGCGUAUUUAUUUUGUUCAGCGGAGAAUUAUAAAUGUAGCGUAAAAUCGCGCACGCGAUACCGAA